UGCACUCUUCAGUAAUCAGUUAGCACUUGCAACUUAGCAGUGUACAGCGGGUAGCCACUAGGCAGCCAGUGCCGUUAUUCGGUAUAAUUUGAUAAUAUAUGAACAUUCGUCAAGUGAUUUAUGGAUAUGUUUAAACGAUUAAACACUUAUUAAUAAACGGUGGUUUUGUUCUAUAUUUUCGACUUGGGAAUUGUAGUGAUUGUGUAAAAGCCGGGCGAUUAGUUUAUCGCGCUACUCUGUUACUUGGAGACAGGAGUGCAUAAAGCUUUAAUAAGGGAUAAAAAUGAACGGUCGAGAAACCAAAGAAGAGUUACCGGUAGGAGUGUCUGUAGAGGAAAUUGUAAUUCCUGUACCAUGGGGACAUGUGGCUGGCAGGUGGUGGGGCCCUCGGAACAAACAACCCAUAAUUGCUAUUCACGGAUGGCAAGACAAUGCUGGUACGUGGGAUAAUCUAAUACCACAACUUCCAGCCAACACCUCUGUGUUAGCAAUUGAUUUGCCUGGCCAUGGAUUAUCUUCUCACUAUCCUUCAGGAAUGCUCUAUUAUGUUUUCUGGGAUGGGAUAGUUCUCCUACGAAGGAUUGUUAGGCAUUUCAGGUGGGAGAAAGUAAGUCUUAUUGGCCACUCUCUUGGAGGAGCAUUAAGUUUCAUGUAUGCAGCAUCUUAUCCAGACGAAGUUGAUAGAAUCAUAUGCAUUGACAUAGCAAGCCCUGCAGUGCGACCUCCAGACAACAUGGUUGUAGCUACAGGCUGGUCAAUAAAUAAAUUAUUAGACUAUGAAAAAUUGACCGAAGAUAAGAUUCCAUGCUAUGAAUAUGAAGAAAUGAUUGAUAUAGUUGUUGAUGCUUACAAAGGGUCGGUAUCUAGAGAGAAUUGUAAGGUAUUAAUGAAACGUGGAAUGUCUCCCGCACCAUCAAAUGCGAAGAAACAAGGUUUUUAUUUUAAAAGGGACCCAAGACUUAAAGUGUCUGGCUUGGCCAUGAUGUCAAUUGAAACAGCUCUAGAAUAUGCUAGUCAAAUUCGGUGCAAGGUCUUAAAUAUUCGAGCCAUUCCAGGACAAAACUGGGAAAGACUAGAUUACUAUACUAAGAUAAUAGACAAAUUGAAAGAAACAACUGAUGUUACAUACAUGGAAGUAGAAGGAACUCAUCAUGUCCAAUUGAAUGCUCCUGAAAAUAUAUCUAACAUAAUUGAAGAUUUCUUAGAAGAAUAUUAAGUUUAGCUCAAUGUUUAGUGAUGUUUGUGAUAAAAAUCAUUAAAUGUACAAAUAUUAAGCCUAAGAGGCCUUUAGUCUCGAAGUAUUUUGUUAAUUUUUGGAUAAAACAUGCUACUAUCAACAUUUAUUAUACAUGCAUCAAAGUUUCUGUAACAGGUAUUAUGUCUUAAUUAACAUUGUUAACCAGGCUUUGCACAUGAAUGUAAUUUAUUGUAAAUACUUUAUUAUUUUGCUACAAAUUCAUUUGUUCCUUAGCUUAUAAAAAAUUAAAUUAAAUAAUUAAAAUAGCUCAAUCAAUGAUCAUAAUGAUUACCAUACUACAAUCAUCUUUGUAUUCAAUUUAAAUACAACCUUCAUAGUUAUUUUAUAUACUAAGUAGUCAAUUUACAAUUUUCAAUAUGAACAAUACAUAUUUAUUACCAUUAAAAUAAGUGUAGUUUAAUGUAUGACUGUAUUGCAUGACCGUCCAGCUUGAAAGUGCCUAUAAUGGGUUUUUAAAGUAGGCUUUUUGCAUAGUGAUACUUUGUUUCUGCUUCCACAAACGCGACACAAUUUUAAUGCAUAAAUGUCUUAUUUUUAUACACAUAUACCUAUAUGCACUAUAAGCCUAAUAGAUAAACGUUUCGUCCCUAACACUAUCGCAGUUUGAAAUCAACUAUAUGAUAAGUCUUUAGUGGUAAUAAACCGACUCUAAUCACUUAGUAAUCAAGUGUUUGUGACAUCAUUGCUGGCUAAUUUGACCUUUGAAUAGUUUUCACAGUAAAGACGCGUGUCUGGUUCAAAGGGGUCAUUUGUUCACGUUAAUGUACUGUCUUGGAACAAAAGUAAAAUGUAAAUUAAGUUUUUUGUUUAGAUUGUAAGACGCUUUGGAAUUUUAGACGAAUAGUAGGAAAAAUUAUGCAAUGCUUAUUGGCUUAUAUUCGGCUAUUCGAGCGGUUACGCUUCGUUGAAUAAUUGGCACGCCGUAUAGUAUAGUAUUAAACGCUAUCCUAAAAUACGUAAAAUAUAUUUCGUAUGUUACAGAUACUAAUAUUAAAAUUGGGACAUCUAUUAUUCUGGUUUCUCUUAAGAACAUAGUUUUGAUGUACUACAAUAUCUUGAUUAAAAUUGAUAACUUAAAACAAAAAACGCGUGCGUCUGAUUGUUAUCUUUCAUAUCGUCUACUAGAUUCUAUGACUAAUCACAAUCUCGUGUCGUCUUUUGUUUUCCAUUUUCACUAUAUGAAUUAAAAUGUUCCAACUUUAGUGCCGUCACGAUGCUAAAACGUACAUAUACUGUAUUCGCAUCGACUUUUGUUGAAGAAUUACUAUGUUUUUAUACCAGCUAAAUAAAAUUUAAAAUACAUUUUUGUAUGAAAAACUUUGUGUGCUACAUAUUUGGGUAUAAAUUUAAUUAAUAAAAAUCUAUAAAUGUAUGUGGUGUCACACAAUAGUAAAACAAUAUAGGUAUGUUGUUGAUUCCGUACCAGCUGGAGUGCUCCUCAAGUUUUAUUUAUAAACAUUUAAUUCUGUAUUAAGUUUUGUAUAUGUGAUAUUAGUUUAUAUCAAUCAGCGUUGAUUUUUGUAACACGACUAAUAAGGGGCUGUCCAUUAAUCACGUGAGGUUCAGGGGGGGGGGUGAUCUUCGACAAAAAUCACGAAAUAUCACUAGGGGGGGGUUUUUUAAAAAGUAGUGUAGUGUACCUUGACUCGUCGUUGAUUUUUCUCAUGAUUACACCCAGGGAAAAAUGUUAAAAAAAUAUCAUGUGAGUAAUGGACAGCCCCUUACAAGCAGUAAUACUAUCGGCUGGAUAUCGUAUGUUAAACGCAAAUAUUUAUAACUGGAACAAUAAUAAGCUUGAUUAGAAAAACCUGACCAUAAUUGAUGUUAGGCAAAUUAUUUAUAUUUAAACCACGAUUAAAUUAUUGAAAAAC